CUGGCGACACCUGGCGACUGUCAACACAACACAGACACCACCACAGUUCUGGGUACGAAACAUAUCUUCUUGGUUCGAUAAAACAUGAUACCGGCAGUGCAGAAUUGCCACUUUAGGCUCUACCCGCCGAUUGUGCCUUUUCUCAGCACCUGCUUCUUCUUCAUCUUUACUUCUAUUGACUUGCUGUGGGGGACGCGUCAUGAUGGAUUCAAGAUUCAGCAGGCGUCGUCUGCCACCUCAAAACGCCUGGUCGCUGUACUUCUGCCCAUCGUCCUCUUUGUACAUCUAUGCUGGUCUCUAGUCGAUCAUCGUGCUGAUAGCCCAUCGCGGCUGGCAACGUUGAUUUCCCUCUUUGCCGCUGUCAAUGUAUGCUGGAUCUCUGCUUUUUAUGAAAAGCAUUCGGUUAAACCACCUACAAUGAUUGUUUUAUUCUUACUCGUGGCCGUUUUGAACGACAUCUUCUCCUUAGCCGUCUUCCUCCACGGCGAUUCCUGCGAGACGCACGGAUUUGAAAUCUUCGCGGCAAUUGAGAUUAGCGUUCGAUCCGUGUUUCUAUGGCUGGAAUGCAAAAGCAAGGAGUUUAUCAUGGAAGAUGAACAAGAGAAGCCGUCACCGAUGGAGACUGGCAAUGUGCUCAACACAACCUUCUUCUGGUGGGUGAACCGCAUCUUGCUCAUUGGCAAAAAGAGGAACUUAGUCAACGAUGACAUACCGCCAUUGGAGACUGAAAUGCGCUCCAAGGUCUUGAGAGACAACAUCCUCCACGAGUGGGAGAACAGAGAUCUAACUAAGACAGAUCUGGUGCUAGCUAGAGUUGUAUUCAAAGCCAUCCAGCCUCAAUUCAUCUCUGUCGCCAUUCCGAGGCUUGCUGUCGCACUUUUUAGAUGCAGUCAGCCGCUACUCAUUUUCCAGGUCACCAAAUUCGUCGAGGAGCAAGAGCAUCAUGAGAAGUCACUCUACCAGAAGUUGUUCGUCGUAUUAGUAGCCAUCUUUGUAUAUCUUGGAAUCAACAUCACUGAAUCUAUCUACGAACAUCGCAUGAACAGACUCCGCAUUGUCAUCCAUGGAGCUCUGGUAUCACUCAUAUACAACAAGACCCUAUCAGUUAGCAGUGAAGGAUCGGAUGCCGGGCAAGCCCUCACUCUCAUGAGUUCUGAUGUAGAAAACGCAGCACACACGGGCCAGCUAUUCAAUGAUACAUGGGGCUAUACCCUUGAAGCCAUCAUUGGCUUGACCAUCCUAGUGGUACAAGUUCACUGGCUUUUCCCAGUCCCAGUCGUCAUGAUUCUACUUGGAUCACAAGUCAGCAAAUUUAGUGCGAAAAAUCUUGGCAAACGGCAGAAGGCCUGCAACGACGCGAAACAGACUCGAAUGUCGGCUCUAACCUCCAUUCUAAGCCACAUGAAGAGCCUUAAGGCGAUGGGGUUGACAGGCGUCAUGGUGAAUUACGUUGAAGCUACACGCAAAAACGAGUUGGAAUCGAUUGCUAGUCUUGGUCGCGUCAAGGCCAUCUACAACUCCUCUGCGAACGCCAUUGGACUCUUUGCACCAGCGAUAACCAUGGUUCUUUAUGCUGUUACCACGCGCAUGAGAGGCGAACCGCUUGAGGCAACCGUCAUGUUCACUACCCUCGCCACUCUCGCCAUCGUUACUCACCCAGCCAACAUGGUGAUGACGGUUGUGCCACACAUGAUUUCAUUCUCUACUAAUUUUGAGAGAAUCCAAAACUACCUUUUGCAGGCCCACAUUGUCAACAAACCAAACCCUUCAAGCAGUCGCAGUCUCCAAACCCAAAACGAUAUUGUGAUUGAUGGUGUCAAUGUUACAGAUGGUUCCCGGUCACUGCUGAAAGACAUCACGGUGGAACUCCGACGAGGCACAAUCAAUAUCUGCUGUGGUAAGAUAGGCAGCGGCAAGUCAGUGUUGUCUCGACUUCUUCUUGGUGAACUCUCACCUUCUAGUGGUGUUGUCGCUAGACCAACGGCCAGAAUUGGCUAUUGCGCCCAAACUGCCUGGGUCCCUUCUGGAACUAUCAGAGACAUAAUUUGCGGUUUUAGCACAGGUGGUGAUCUCUCCUACGAAGAAGUCGUGGAGGCAUGUUGCCUUAACGCUGAUAUCAAUGGCCUACCGAGUAGGGACCUGACUACAAUUGGGUCUCGUGGCGUUAAUCUCUCUGGCGGCCAGAAACAGCGAGUUGCACUUGCACGAAUACUCUACUCUGGCGCCAAAACUGUAAUACUUGACGAUACUUUUGCGGCACUAGAUGGCACUACAGAGAAAACUGUUGUUAAUAACCUGUUUGGCCCUCGUGGAUUGCUAAAACGUGCAGGCAUAACUGUAUUCUGGGUGACCAAUUCUGCACAAUAUUUCAACCUGGCUGACAAAAUCAUCUUACUUGAUGGUGGCUGUGUGAAAGCCCAGGGGCCAUUGUCAAAAAUGUCGGCCUGUGUUUCCGAAGUAAAGAAGUUUGAGCUCAGCCUUGAUGCACCAGAUGGCAAUCAAACUGUGAAAAAGAAAACACAAGCUGAGAUCGAUGCCGAACAAGAUGUCGAUCGCAGAACCGGUGAUUUCUCACUCUACUUGUAUUACAUCCAGUCCGCUGGCUGGAAAGCCGUCCUGAUUGUCGCUGUGUGCUGCUUCGUCACAUCUAGUAACGUCGUGGCUCCUCUCUGGACAAAGCUAUGGAAGGAUGCUCCUGAGAGUGAUUUCACAUUCUACUUGGUGGGAUAUCUUGUUCUUUCAUUUAUUGCUUGGCUUGGAACGAGCUGCCAAAUGACUACAUUUCUUCUACUCCUUGGGCAGCGCAGCAGCGCCAACUUACACCACCGGCUGCUUUACUCCAUAUUAUACGCACCACUUUCUUUCUUCACUGCAAAUGAGGUUGGAACCACUCUGAACAGAUUUGGCCAGGAUAUUGGCUUUGUUGACAACAGGCUGCCCAAUUCCUUCGCUCGUCUACUAACUCAGAUAUGCAAGAUGUCGGUCCAAAUGAUCAUCAUCUUCGUCGUUCAGAAGGCAUUGCUUUUGGUUGUGCCGUUCUGCGCCGCAAUCGUGUACUCUAUCGCUAGACUGUAUCUACGCACAUCGAGACAGCUACGUGUACUCGAGCUUGACUCUAAAGCUGCCUUGUUCAACACCUUUGCUGAGACUGUUGAUGGAAUCGCAUCUAUUCGUGCGUUUCGUUGGCAAGCAGCGUCCGAGCGCAAACUGCUGCGCACAAUGGACCUCUCUAUGAAGCCUAACUAUUUGCUUUUCUGCACACAGCGAUGGCUGAGUCUUGUUCUUGAACUGAUUGUUGGUACCGUAGCCGUUAUUGCUGUUAUCCGAUCCGUCUUUUUCGAAGUUGGUGGCGCCAGCAGCAUCGGCUCCGUUCUGAAUGUGGUCAUCCUCGCAAAUGCCACUCUUUUGUCCCUUGUAUAUGCUUGGACUGGUUUCGAAACCUCUCUCGGUGCCGUUUCCCGUCUUAGAGAGAUUGAGCAAAACACUCCACGGGAAAGUAAGACUUGGGAGACUGCAAUUCCUGAAGCCAACUGGCCCAGCAAGGGUGAGCUUCAAUUACGCAAUGUCUCGUCCGGAUACAAGCAAGUUUCCAAGCAUCUAUGUUUAUAUCUUAUACUAACAAGCCAAAGUAUCAAUGAUCCAAUCUUGAAGAAUGUCAAUCUACGCGUCCCUGCGGGCCAAAAGCUCAUUGUCUGUGGUCGCACUGGCAGGCAAGUACACACCCAUAGCCUAUAUAUUCACAGCUAACCUUUUGCUAGUGGAAAGAGUACACUGUUUCUGGCCUUACUACGCCUCAUAGAGUGCUCUGGCCAGAUUGAAAUCGAUGGUGUAAACAUAACUCGUCUGCCGCGCUCUGUUGUACGCGAGCAAGGCUUCAUUGCAGUUCCACAAGACGGCUUCGUGCUUCCGAGAGCAUCUAUCCGAUUCAAUCUGGAUCCCAACCAAGUAGUUGGUGACGAGAUUAUUCGUCAAGUGCUGCAAAAGACUGGUCUUUGGCAUGUAUUGACGGGUGAUGCACCAGUUGAGGAAACCAUCUUUGACAUGCCCAUGGACUCUAUGCCUAUGCUUUCCGUUGGUCACUCACAACUGCUGGCAAUCGCCCGUGGUAUUGUUCAAAAGCAUGCAUACUCACUGGCACGCUACACUGAUGAUGUACCUCAGGGAACAGUCAAACCCAUUAUCCUCCUGGAUGAAGCAACAUCGUCCAUGGACUCAGAGACGGAGUCACAAAUCUACAAUAUUAUCGAAGAGGAGUUUGUUGAAGAAGGCCACACUGUCAUCAUCAUCUCCCAUCGGCUGGGUGGACUUGUUGGUCGUAUGCGCCCCGGCCAUGACGCUAUUGCUGUGCUCUCUGACGGACAUCUCCAAGUGGAAGAUGACUUGGACAAGAUCAAUGUGCUUGCAGCAAAACAGGACAUGGCUUAAUGCAUCAUGAUUUGUAUAUAAAGAAAAGCUAUAUACAACAUAACGUCAAGAUUUAGUUCUUCAACUUUAGAGAAUAGACACCGCGUUCGAUGCUGUUGAGUAACAGAUGCCCACUCUUGAAGAAUGGAUAUACCGACCAAGAGCCGUGGAACUCUCGGCUGCCCACCUCAUCGUCCUCAGGGUACACAUCAAAGGAGCCAAUCUCCUCGAACCCAGCGCCCGUAUCAUCCUCUGCAAUCGAAGUGACGUUGACGAUGCGCAGACCAGAUCCGUAGUUGCUUUGAUACGAAAUACCAUCGAUAACGUACUGGUUGUGGUCAAUAGAUAUGAUGGGGCUCUUGUAGAUGCCUCUAAACACAGGAUAAGUGAGAUCGGUUACAUCGACAAUGUACGUUGUCGUCUUGCCAUCCUCUGCAGGUUCCGAGCCAACCACCUCAUCCAGCUCAUCAUCCAGCAGUAAGUAGCGGUGGUCCUCAGUGGCGAGCCAUCCUUGAUGGGUGUAGGCCGCACCAUUGUACGUGGUGCGUGAGAUUUGUUUUGGGAUGGCACGGACUGUGAUGUCGACAAUGGUAAGAGCAUUUUCGUUGUAGUUGAAGCAGAUUUCGUGGCCGCGGAAGCGUCGAUCGGGACCCUUGUAAAUGACACACUGGGCAUCGUGCACAUAACCAUCUUGGUAAACACAGCCGUUGUCCUGGGGUCUACGGGGGUUCGAGACGUCAAUCAUCCAGAGGCCUCCGCGGCAGGGCAACCAGCGAGAAGUGCCAACAGCAAAGAUGGUCUCAGUCUCUUCGUUGGCAACAAUGUUGUGGCUGCUGCCAAACUUGUCAAAGUGGGCAGCAAGAUCAAGUGCCUUGUCAAACGUCUCGGGGUGUUUCGGGUCAACCUUGAGCAGCUUGGUGAGGUCAAACACCUGCAUGCCGUGGUCCUCGGCCUCGGAGCCGAUGUAGGCAUGGUGGCCGAUGACCUUGACAUCUCGCCAUAGCGAAGUGCCUGUUUGAGUGUCCAGACGGCCGAUGUACUGCAGGUUGCCGUCCUUGAGAACUUCCACAAAUGCCGUACCAUCAGACUGACCGACGAGGCCAAACUCGCGGCCAUCAGGUGAAGUCCAUCCCCAGAUAUCGUUGCCGGUUCGGGUUCUGCUGUGCAUGUCCUGGUGGCGGAGGAAGCCCUUCAUGUCGACUCUGUCGCAGGCGUACUCGCCCGCUCUUCCACGAACACAGGCCGUAGGCGGCUGCUUCUUGUACUUGUUGUAGCCGAACAUACCGUCCUUCAUGUCGGUUGCGUGCUGCCUGAGCUUCAUGUCCAUGAUGGCAGCCAUGUCGACGGCAUGAGGGGCAUGAUUUGCCUGCAGGUUGUGCGGACCAAAGAUGAUUUGGCCCUUGUAGUCGCGUGGGACGACGGCGGUGGCUACACCAGCGAGACUGGCGGCUACGAGGGUUUGCAGCUUCAUGGCGAGAUGUGUUGCUGCUGCACCAGUUGCGGUGUGAGAUGAAGGAGGAAGGUUUGGCACGCCAUCGAGACCGGUGUUUGUGAAACAAAGUCGCCGCUGGUUGUGGUGCUGCUCAUCCUACGCUACGCUCACAGUCACUCAUCCCAAGUGGACUGUUACCUAGUUUGGGAGCGAGCGUGGGGUGGGCUGCAUGAGAUGUGCGGCGUGUGACCAUGUUGAUAGGAUUACGGCUCUGUGGCGCUCGGGGCCGGGCUGGUGGUUGUUCCCGAGGGCUGUUGGGAACAUUUCUACUGCAGAGAAAAUAUUAAAGUCUCAAAAAGAUAUUGACAUAUUUC